AUCUGUGAAUCAUCACAGAGGUCACAUGGUACAAGGCUAUUCACAACAGCCUUGUACCAUAUGACAAGCUGUGACCAAUCACAGCUCACACACACAGUGAAACACCGAUUGUUGGACGGGACCUCUGUACGAGGUCUCAAUCAUGUGAUCACUGAUUGGCCAAUCAGUGAUCACAUGCAAAGUAGUAAGCAAGAUGUCACUUGUGACAUCAUUGCUUACUACGUGUGAAAUCUGUGAAUGAUCACAGAGGUCACAUGGUACAAGGCUAUUCAC